AUGACAAGCUCCGAUGCCGUCAAAGACAAGUUUUACGAUGCCCUAAAUGCCCUGCUGCGGCGAGCUAAAAGCUCAGACGUUGUGGUGGUUGCCGGAGAAAUGAAUGCACAAGUGGGCAGGCUUUGCGUAUCUGAGAUUCAAUUAGGAGGUCGACAUGGAAUGGACUUGGUGUUCGACAGUCGUUGUCUCAGAACCAUAGCUCGUGUGGAUUGGUAUCGGCGAAUUCGUAGCGAGGCAUUUAGAAGGCGAGUUUCCGGUUGUGAAACGGGCGCUUCCAUUGAAGAAUGUAUCCAACACCAGAAGCUGCGUUGGUUGGAACAUGUGUUGCGUACGCCAAACCAUUUUUUGCUGAAGAGAGUGACGGAAGCAGAGGGGUGGCCAACUCUUGACCUGGCGCAUGGGCAUGAAGAAAAUAUCAGUGGCGAUCUUGAACCUCGUGUGCAUCAAUCAGCAGCAGCAGCAGAGAAUCUUCCAACCCCACCACCACCACACUUGGCUGCCAUUGUUGCCCCUACUCUGAUAUUUUGUGGGUCCAUCAUACCGGCUAUGAGUCAAGGUACCGUUCCAAAUAAACUUGUAGCUUCUGAUGUGUUAUUCUAUGUAAGCCUGGGUGUUGGACUACCUGGCCUCGUACUGAUACUCACCGGAAUUAUUUUAACGGCUGUCACCGGACUCAUGGCACAUUUUUCUGUGGCUUAUGUUGGUAUCGUUCUGUUUCUGGCUGGUUCUAUAACCGGGGCGAUAGCAGUCAGUCGAAUUGUUUCAACCAACCGAUGCUUGAAGGCAAUGAACCUUACAGCGGCAGAAUUUAUAGCCAAGUGGAAUGAUGAGGAUGCAAUCUUUGACUUGUGUUAUCAGCCGCAGACUCCUACUGUGCGACACAGUGUGAAUGCAGCUCAACACCCGGACGUGAGCGAACAACCCAACAGACUACCAAUGCCGCCAAGGAAAGCAAUUUUCUGA